GCCGACCUAAAGAUGCAAUGUCUAACCUAGAAGACCUGAUAAAUAUUACCUCAGUGGCCGGUCAAUCCUUAGAUCUAAAUAUAUUCAACCAGGAGUACAGUGCCAGAAGUAUCGGAACUGCAGCUCUUUCCGUGGGAGGGUUUCUAUUAGCUUUAACUGCUCUAGUUAUAGAAUUCAUCAGUAACUCAAACCUUCCAUCUUUACCGACUGGUGAAGAGAUCCGUAGAAGGAUAUAUCUACAGGAAGAAGACGAGGAUAAGUUAUCUAAAAGAUUACAUAAGCGAAGAUUAAAGGUUCCAAGACUUGAUCUCCAGAAACAAUUUCAGAGAAAACGCUUACGGUUCCCUUUAAAUCCAAAACGUCAUCAUCGUGUACAAAACAAACAAACACCGGUACAUGGAAGAAAAAUCAAAGAAAAAGUCGAGAAUCUAGUUGAGAAUACUGCAGUUGAUAAUAUCUUCGAAGAAACAGGCGAAAAAAGUGUUUUGUCGCCAAAAUCAUCUAGACCAUGUUAUGACGACGAAAGAAUAACAACAACAGAAUCAAAUCUAGGAAUAUUUAAAACAGACUUCCAGGAUAAAUUUUCUAAAUAA